CAAACGACGCGAAUAUGAGUUUAAAAAUCCAAAAAAGAAAGCCCUAAUUGAAUCGACAACAGUGAGCAAGACAGCAGGCCCGUAAACCCCCUCGCCGAUCGCCGGCGACCGCUCCGCCGCAGGUGUGCUUCGCCUCUGCUCCAUUUUCGCUUCUACCCCUGUCGCUUGCCCCGGCGUCUGUUUGGUUCUCUCUGCUGUGGGCAUCGUCUCUCCUUGUGUGACGACACAGAUAAUGGAACAAUCACCCAUUGAAGGAAAUUCUUCAACACCAUCAACUCCAACUACUGCACCUACUUCAGUUGUCAGCAUUGAUUCAAUGCAUGGCUCUGACCUAGAAAAUCAUGUUAAUUCCCAUGGCCAUGUUGCCUCCAUCCCUUCUCUUCCAUACAAUGUGCCUCCAAAUGCUUAUAGAAACUCUGAGAGUCCUCAUCAAUCAUCAUCCACCACUCUGCAGGAAAUGAUAAAUUCACCAGGUUCUUCACCAUUUCCAAGACCUCAAGUUCUUGGUGUUUCUUCUAGUAGUGUUCCUUCAUCUUCAUAUAACAUUCCACAAACCGAAAUUCCUUCAUGCGGUGGUCAUCAGUCUACCAAAAAAAAGUCAAAGCAAUGGAGCAUCGAUGAAGAAGUCGCAUUAGCCAAAGCGUGGGUCGAUGUUUCAAAAGACCCAGAAAUUGAGAAUCGGCAACAAUCCGAUUCAUUUUGGAGGCGGAUUCUUGAAUAUUUUAGCAAACAAUUAGGAGGUACUGAUCGAACUGUCCAUCAAAUGAAUUCAAAGUGGAAGAACAUGCACGAGAAGAUCAAGAAGUUCAACGAUAUCUACAACAACAAAUUGACACAACGCCGAAGUGGUCAAUCAGAAGCCGAUAUAUUGUUGUUAGCACAAACCGAAUACAGAAACCUUUUUAAAAACAAAGCGUUUUCUCACGAGGCAGCAUGGGGAAUUAUCAAAGACAACCCUCCGAAAAAGACAAAGACAUCUGAAUCAAACACUUACACUACUUCUGUGGAUGACAAAUUUCCCGAAGAGGAUGAGGGGUUUAAUGUUGAACAACUGCAACGAAAAGGGAAUAAACCGGCAUCAUUGUCGUCUGAACAACAACAACAACAAAGGGAUGAACAACUGCUAAGGAUUGUUUCUGAAUUUACUGAAUUUAGUAAUGUUAACAAACAAGAUGUGGAGGAUAAAAAACGGCAUCGAGCGAAACUAGAGGAGUUCAAGGCAGAGAAGUUACGCAUCAUGGAGGAGGAAAAAGAAGAGAGGGUGCGUAUGAUGCGGGAGAAACGUCAGGAUAAAGAUAUGCAGUUUUAUCUUCGACCGCAUGAUCAUUUGGUUGGGGCACAGUUGAAUGCGGUACUAGCACGCAAGCGUGAAAUAGCACAGCGUUGGGGUUGGGAAUGAAAUGUUUUUAUGUACUUUUAAUGAAAUAUUUAGUGUG